GUUGAUACUUGAUACGCUUAUCACUUAUCAGGUCUCUGAUCUCUCACACAGUCACACAGUAAAAACAGCCGACCGCCUGUACUGCUGAUCUGAUGAUAAUCAAAUGACAAUGGCACGACCUGCAUACGAGAGGUUCAGGAAUGUUCUUGAACUGUUAGUGAAGGAUGAGAAAAUUCUUCUCAAUGACCAACCCCGGUAUGUCACCUUUAGAUACGGAGGACUGGAACACGCCUUGUUUGAUCGGAAUGGUCACCCCAGCUUAUUUCAGCUCAUGAAAACGGCAGUGAUUGUUCGCAGCAUAGGAUUGUUCUGUUCUUGCGAAGGUGAAAUCAGCAGCAUGAUAGACUUUUCUGAUCUUCUGAAUCAGACUGGUAGCACUAUCUUCGUGGCGGUCACCGACUUUGAGAUGAGUCGUGACAUGUACAACCGCUUCCUGGUGAAAGCUCCGCUCGAUGCUCGGGUCUCCUUGGGGCAUGUGGGCAACGGGUCCAUCACAAUGCAGAUAGAGCUUUUUCUGCCGGGAAAUCCUCAAGCGAUUAUGACGCACAAAAAGAAAGUUGUGUUGGUCAACCCCGACACCAGAAAGCCAAUGCCUCUUCCUGAAUGGUACAAGCAAAAGUUUGCUGGGAAAGGUGUGUUGGAAGGGAUACCAUUCCGGAUUGAAAAGUUUCAGCGACCAGCAAAGACUUUUUUCCGACGUUCUGAGAUUACAUGGUCUGAUACUGACUCCAACAACCACACCAACUAUGCCAGCUAUUCCCGUUUAGCCACGGAUGCAAUCCACACCUGUCUGUUCCUAAAGACGAAAGCUGAGAAAGAGAGGAUGCGAGCCAUGGAUCAAAGUGACCAACAUUUAUCCCUGUCGGUAAAUCAAACUUCUGAGGUUUCUGAUUCACGCAGCAGGGACCAUACUCCUUCAGGGCAACAAACAACAAAUGUUUCAGAUCAGCGGACAAAUCCAACUAGAUCCGAGUGCAAAUCGAUGGCAGUUUCUGGCGACCACGCCAGAGAUUCCGCUGAAUCUGGGCAACAAAACGUUGCUGCGGUUUCUUCUGUGGUUCCCGAAUCUGUCCAACUCUGGGGCGGAGACAUCUCGGCGCUGGGCUGUCUCAGUGAGAAGGAUGUGGUGAGAGGUCUGAAGCGGGUUGAGGUCAGUUACCUCCAGGAGUGUGGGGAAGGGGACGUAGUGGAGACGCACGUCUGGCAGGAGCCGGGGGUCAGAGGUCGGCUGAAAUGUUCUGUGGAAGGCAUGGGGGGCGGCGAGGUGCUGUGUCAGAUCACCCUGGAGUAUCACGAACCUUUAUCUGGGUUGUGAACUCCUUGAAGGAUCACGAACCUUUAUCUGGGUUGUGAUAUCCUUGAAGUAUCACGAACCUUUAUCUGGGUUGUGAACUCCUUGAAGGAUCAUCACGAACCUUUAUCUGGGUUUGGAUCUCCUUGAAGGAUCAUCACGAACCUUUAUCUGGGUUGUGAACUCCUUGAAGGAUCAUCACGAACCUUUAUCUGGGUUGUGAACUCUGGUGGUAAGUGAUGGAAUUUAGAAAUUAGAUAUGCCUGAUUUUCUCAAAGUGUUGGAAGCACAUCUAAAUGGUGUCACAGGGGGCAAAGAAGCGUAAUAUUUAUGCUCAAAUCAAUCAAAAAUCAGCUUCACAGUUGUUGGGUGUUUUAUUUUGCUCUCAAGUAUGACCAUAGUGGGAAAAUAAUACAUAUAAUUGAUAAAUGGCGUUUUAUAAUUGGUCACUUUUAAGGACAAGUGGGCUAUUCCGAAAAAUGCUGUUUUGAGAAAGUCGAAGGUGA